AGGAAAGGAUGAAGGCCGAGGGAAGAGAGGGAUAGGAGCACGCGGAACUCUGGAUGCCUCGUUGUUCUCAGUUUCGGGCGGGUCUCUGCUGUUUGGUCGGGGUCCUGGGCAGAGCCAUGGAAGGAUCUCUCGGGGAGGCAUUGGUAGCGGCGGCCGGCGACAGCAGCGGGGGACCGAGGGGCCCGGAGGCUCCUGCCCCGCAGAAAAGCGGAGCAGACAGCUGUACCAAAGGGCAGGGGAGAGACUCUGGCAGAGAAAGCAAAGCGGCCGCCCAGAUGCAGCCCUUGGCAUAUAAUGCAGGAUAUUCGCAGCAACAGCAGCAGCAGCAACAUCCUGAGGACCGUCACGAUGGCACCAGCAAUGGGACUGCCCGGUUACCCCAGUUGGGUACAGUCGGUCAGUCACCUUACACGAGUGCCCCGCCACUCUCCCACACACCCAACGCAGAUUUCCAGCCUCCUUACUUCCCCCCUCCUUACCAGCCCAUCUACCCCCAGUCUCAAGAUCCUUAUUCCCACGUUAAUGAUCCUUAUAGCCUGAACCCCCUUCACGCCCAACCUCAGCCACAACACCCAGGCUGGCCGGGACAGAGACAAAGCCAGGAAGCUGGGCUGUUACACACACACCGGGGGUUACCCCAUCAGUUAUCGGGCUUGGACCCUCGAAGGGAUUAUCGGCGACAUGAGGAUCUACUGCACGGACCCCAUGGGCUCAGCUCAGGACUAGGAGACAUUCCGAUCCAUUCAAUACCUCAUGCAAUAGAAGAUGUACCGCAUGUAGAAGACCCCGGUAUUAACAUCCCAGAUCAAACUGUAAUUAAGAAAGGCCCCGUGUCCCUGUCCAAGUCCAACAGCAACGCCGUCUCCGCCAUCCCCAUUAACAAGGACAACCUCUUCGGUGGCGUCGUGAACCCCAACGAGGUCUUCUGUUCAGUUCCGGGUCGCCUCUCGCUCCUCAGCUCCACUUCGAAGUACAAGGUCACGGUGGCGGAAGUGCAGCGACGCCUCUCGCCUCCCGAGUGUCUCAACGCGUCGUUGUUGGGCGGAGUGCUUCGGAGGGCAAAGUCUAAAAAUGGAGGAAGAUCUUUAAGAGAAAAAUUGGACAAAAUAGGAUUAAACCUUCCUGCUGGAAGACGUAAGGCAGCCAAUGUCACCUUGCUCACAUCUCUAGUGGAGGGAGAAGCAGUGCACCUAGCCAGGGAUUUUGGGUACGUGUGUGAAACUGAAUUCCCUGCCAAAGCAGUAGCUGAAUUUCUCAACCGACAACAUUCCGAUCCCAAUGAGCAAGUGACAAGAAAAAACAUGCUUCUAGCUACAAAACAGAUCUGUAAAGAGUUCACCGACCUGCUGGCUCAGGACCGAUCUCCCCUGGGGAACUCAAGGCCCAAUCCUAUCUUAGAGCCAGGCAUUCAGAGCUGCCUGACCCACUUCAACCUCAUCUCUCAUGGCUUCGGCAGCCCGGCAGUGUGCGCAGCAGUCACUGCCCUGCAGAACUAUCUCACCGAGGCACUCAAGGCCAUGGACAAAAUGUACCUCAGCAACAAUCCCAACAGCCACACAGACAACAGCGCCAAAAGUGGUGACAAAGAGGAGAAACACCGAAAGUGAGGAUUUCCUUCCUUCCCUCUCCUCAGCUCCACACUGCUUCAUCUUUUCACCUCUUCCCAUUUCCUUUCUCUUCUGCACCCAUCCUCUCCUUCAUCACCCACCACCACCAUCACCUGGCGGGCUACAGCUCUGGAAUCAGCGAUCAACUGCUGCCCACUCUGUUCUCUGAGUCUGCAGGAAUGCUCUCCUCUUCUGUCUACCAGCCCUGACUCAUAGUCCCUCUCUGCCUCCUCCCCCUUCAUCAUCAACACUCCCUCGACCCCGUUUGGAGCCUAAGAGAACAGAACAGGCGGUGGAGCCAGCAAAGAAAAGUUCUGUCUGAGUUUGUGAACUUUUUUUUUAAGUAAACCAACAGAAAAAAAAUAAAUAAAAAGAAAGAACUUUUUUUCUAAAAAAAAAAAGAACUGUUAAAAAAUUAAAAAAAAAAAAUUCUAUGAGCUUCAUGGGACUGAAUCACCACCUCCCCUUACAUUACUUCAGUUAAGAUUGUAGCCAUAUUAAAAAAAAAGGCAAAAAGGAUAAUGACAUUUUUAUCAGUAUUGUGAAUAAACUUGAACACAAAAU